CAUAAUUAACCUUUGAAGCUUAACUGUGGGUGAGUUUUCAGUACUCUUUAUGUUCUUUGGCAAUGGUUAGCCAGUAGUUUCCACAAGAAUUUUAUUUUCACUGAAGGUCAGAUAUUUUCAGGUAGGACUGAUUUUCAGGGGCCGGAAGCCUUUCUUUGAACUUUAUAAUUGUGCUUGGUUGCAUUCAUUGCCGUUUAAAAUGAUCUUUAAUAAGGAGAGUCACUUUAAAGAAAAUAUUUUUUCAUUGUUACUUUCAUAAUCUUUAUUCCUGGCAAAUUUUCCGGAAUAUUUGAUUUUUCUUUGUCUUCAUUAAGUAAAACAGGUCCAUUUGAUGCCCAUUUCAAGAUCGUCCUUCUGCUGCCUGUCUUGUGGUCAUUUAACUUCUCAUUAAGCCCUCCACUGGAGACUGUGCCAGAAGAGAGAGAAGAUGAAAAGCAAACAAAUCAUUUUCUAAUUGUUAGCAGCUCUGAAAAAUGAUUUGUAGAAGAGAUUGACAUUAUCCCGGAAAUUCUUUAGGAUUAUGUUUUAUUUCAUUCAUCUGUAUUAUCUCUGAGAUGUUCCUAGUAGUCAUCAAUUUAGAAGCUGAUUAUCCAGCUAUUGGAUGACCAGGAAUCUAACUGCUUUUUUUUUUUUUUAAUUUGUUUCUUGCCGUAUCUGAGCAUUAAGCAUCUCCACAGAGGAUGUCUGGAAUUUCCCUGGAACCUGGGCUCCCCAAGACGCAGCGCUGGAGCAGAUGGAUAAUGGAGACUGGGGCUAUAUGAUGACUGACCCAGUCACGUUAAAUGUAGGUGGACACUUGUAUACAACGUCUCUCACCACAUUGACGCGUUACCCGGAUUCCAUGCUUGGAGCUAUGUUUGGGGGGGACUUCCCCACAGCUCGAGACCCUCAAGGCAAUUACUUCAUUGAUCGAGAUGGACCUCUUUUCCGUUAUGUCCUCAACUUCUUAAGAACUUCAGAGUUGACCUUACCCCUGGAUUUUAAGGAAUUUGAUCUGCUUCGGAAAGAAGCAGAUUUUUAUCAGAUUGAGCCCUUGAUUCAAUGUCUCAAUGACCCUAAGCCUCUGUAUCCUAUGGAUACUUUUGAAGAAGUUGUGGAGUUAUCUAGUACUCGGAAGCUUUCUAAGUACUCUAAUCCAGUAGCUGUCAUCAUAACACAGUUAACCAUCACCACCAAGGUCCAUUCCUUACUAGAAGGUAUCUCAAACUAUUUCACGAAGUGGAAUAAGCACAUGAUGGACACCAGAGAUUGCCAGGUUUCCUUCACUUUCGGACCCUGUGAUUAUCACCAGGAAGUUUCUCUCAGGGUCCACCUGAUGGAAUACAUUACAAAACAAGGUUUCACGAUCCGCAACACCCGAGUGCAUCACAUGAGUGAGCGGGCCAACGAGAACACAGUGGAGCACAACUGGACUUUCUGUAGGCUGGCCCGGAAGACCGAUGACUGAUUUCAAAGCCUGGGAGGAGUUCCUGGAAACGGACUUUCCAGGCCAUGGAAGAGACUUUUUUUUUUUUUUUUGUUAAAUCACAGUGUGGGUGUUUUUUGUUUGUUUUUCUUUUUUGUUUUUUUAAGUAUUUGUAUUUAUUUGAAGGCAGUGAGGACCAGAAGGAAGAUUUGUGCUUUAGCAGACUCCUGUAUGUUUUGUUCCCUUUACCUUGAGUAUGCAUGUGCCUGUUCGGAGCCUCCAGAUACCUUUUUUAUAAAAAGAAGUAUGAAAAUCAUUAUGGUAUAUAAUCUACUCUUAACAGAGCUUUUUUUAUUACAGUGCUACAAUGAUUUCUGAUUAAAUGGUCCCUAACUCAACUAGAAGGUUAAAAAUGCAGGAAUGAAAGAAUAAACAGAGUACUCAUGAUGCCUUUGAGAAAAAUCAAAACAUCAUGUAGGGUGACCUAGUUUCCAAACCAAUAAGCAGUAUUGUAAUAUUAAAGGAAAACUGUUCCAAUCAUUUAAAAGUACUUGUUGAGUACUGCUUUUUACAGUUAUGACAACUGUUUCUUUCUAUGCAUAUAAAUCAAGCAACCAAAUAUCUGUAGCCAUGGAAAUGUCUGACUAGAAAUAUUUAUAUUGGAUUCUGAAUACAAAAUGUCCCUGUGGUAGAACUCUUACUUCUUAUGCCUGGUGCAGUAUAAUUCCCAAGUGUACUGUCUACCAGAAGAAAAAAAAAACUAAUAAAAAACGAAAUAUGAAAAUUA